AAUGGGAAAAUCGUUGCUGUAAAGAAAUUACACAAGAUGGUGACCGAAGGAGAACAAGGAUUCCGAGCUGAAGUGAACUCAAUCAGCAGGACUAAUCACAAGAACUUGGUCCAACUCCUCGGGUUCUACAACGAAGGCCAACACCGGCUUUUGAUAUAUGAACACAUGGAAACUGGCUCAGUAGCAGACUUGCUAUUCAAAGAUUGUAGGCUUAGUUGGUCCCAAAGGGUGCAAGUUGCCAUAGACACGGCCAAAGGGCUUUUCUAUUUGCAUGAAGAGUGUAGUAUCCAAAUUAUACAUUGUGACAUCAAGCCCCAAAAUGUGCUUUUAGAUGAAAAUUUGACAGCAAAAAUAGCAGAUUUCGGAAUAGCCAAGCUUUUGGGGAAAGAUCAGACUCGAACGACCACUAAGAUACGUGGAACGAGAGGGUACGUAGCCCCAGAGUGGUUCAGGAACAUGCCUAUAACCGUCAAAGUGGAUGUGUACAGCUUUGGAAUCUUGCUUUUAGAGCUGAUUCGCUGUAGAAAAAGUUACAAGCAGGAUGUGGCGAAUGAGAAUGAAAUGAUACUCGCGGAGUGGACUUGUGAUUGCUAUAGAAGAAAAGAGCUGCAUUUACUCGCAGGCAAUGAUGAAGAGGCAAUAGAAGAUAUCAUGAGGUUCGAGAAGUUGUUGAUGGUUGCUAUUCAAGAAAGUCCAGCAUUAUGGCCUAGCAUGAAGAAUGUCAUGCUAAUGCUUGAAGGUUCUGUGGAGGUCUCAAUUCCUCCUGACCCCUUUUCCUUUAUAUGUUAUGUGUAGAUCAACCUUGUUUUUCGCUUAUCC